AUGGCUGGCACGAAGCGUUCAUCCCCCGGCGCCGAGGCGGCAAAGGACAUCGAGAUUGAGCUCAACGAGGAGCAGGUCAAGGCGCUCGACGAGUUCCAGAAGGAGCUUAAGCGCGCCGAGCUCAUUCUCGAGCGCCGCGCGCAGGAGAUGCUGGUGCCACUGUACGAGAAGCGCCGCGACUUGUUCAAGAACAUCGACAAGUUCUGGUACAUCGCGCUUUUCCGCCACCGGACGCUCAAGUUCACUGCUCAGCACGAGGCCGACAAAACUGCUCUGAGCUACCUCGAGGAUAUUUGGGUCAUUCGUGACAAGAUUGAGCCCAAGGUCUUCACGCUCGAGUUCACGUUCAAGGAGAACCCCUACUUUAGCGACCGCGUCCUGAAGAAGGAGUACAAGUACACGCCCUCCGCCGACGCCCAGCCUCUCGACACUGACGGCGUCGGCGAGCACAUGCUCGACUUUUCGUGGGACACGGAUGUCGAGGCGGUGCCGACGAAGAUCAACUGGAAGGACGCCGACAAGGCGCUCACUAAGCUCUACCCGGCCGUGUUCGACGAGGAGGACCCGGAGGCCCUGCUCGACCCCGGCAGCUUCUUCAACUUUUUCGAGGGCGCGAAGGACUACGUCGAUGUCGGCCCCGCCAUUGCCAAUGACGUGUUCCCGGACGCCAUCCAGUACUUCACGGGUACCAUGGAGGACUCUGAGUGGGGAAGCGACGACGAGGACGAUGAGGAGGACGAUGAUGACGACGCUGAGGAGAUUGACCUCGAGAAGCCGAAGGCGAAGAAGCCCAAGACGGCGUAA